AUGAAGGGUAAGAGGAAGAGUAACUUGUAUUUUCUCCUUGGAAAUACAGUUACAGGCACAACAACUGUAGCAAAUAGUUUAGAGACAGAUGCAUCAGAUACUACCAGAUUUUGGCAUGUACACUUGAGACAUACAGGUGAGAAGGCUUUGCAGGGACUAGUAAAACAUAGUCUAUUAAAAGGUGCCAGGACCUGCAAGCUUGGAUUUUGUGAACAUUGUGUUCUGGGUAAGAAGACAAGAGUCAAGUUUGGCACUGUAGUAGACCACACGAAGGGUAUACUUAACUAUAUUCACACAGAUGUUUGGGAACCUACCAGAGUUGCAUCUUUGGGAGCUUUGGUUGCACAGUUUAAUCUCGAGUUGUAA